AUGCAAGGCCUGAAGGGGAACGACACAGAGGGGGGCAGCGACAGCGCCCCCCAGCGCCUGCAGCUCGACGGUGCAGCAGCUGACCCUGCGCUGCAGCAAGAGCAGCAGCAGCAGCAGCUGCAGCAGCAGCAGCAGCAGCAGCAGCAGCACGAAGAGGGAAGUGUCUCAGCACCCUCUAACGGGGGCUUUUCUCUAGGAGCUAUGGUAUUGGGGGCAGGGGCCCUCGGCUGCAGCCUGUGGCUGUUUGUUUACCUGCAGCAGCAGAAACUGAGUUUCACAGACUUCGUCAAGGAUUUGUGGCGCCAAGCGGACGCGCAGAUGACCGCCUCUCACGACCGCAUUCAAAACGCAGUAGAGGAUAUGAUCGCGCGCGCUUUCCCUGAAGAUAACGAACCCCUUCUGCCAGACUUUAAGGAUCUCAAUUACCCUGAGUUUCUCCCCACCCUCGUCCUCGACUUUGACGGCGUUCUUGCAAAGAUCGGCCAUGAUCGCACAGGGGGCUACAAGCUGCGCAAGCGGCCGUAUAGCGAGGCCCUGGUGAACCAGUUGUCUCACUUCUUUGAAGUUGUUGUAUGGAACGCAGAUCAGCCCCCCGUCGUACAAACGGCGCUGCAGCAGUGGGGCCUCCCCGUCACCGCCUGCCUCAAUUCAGACAAUAUGUCCCGCAAACAUGGACGCAGAAUCAAAGUAUAA